AUGGGGACUAUCUUGGAUCUUCUAGAGAUUCUUGGCCUUGACGAGAGUCAGGAAAAGAUGGCUGAGGUCAUAAGAACAAUAAAGGAGAUGAUCGACAACAAGCCGUGUUUCAACCCGUACCAGAUGACGGACGACCAACUGAGGACGGAGCUGACCGAGAGGGGGAUGAGGGCAGAGGGGACCCGGGAACAUAUGAUCAAGUCCCUCACCACGCCAUCCAACUCCUGUCCUCUCAUGAAGAUAUCCAUGCCUAACAACAUAUACUGUACAUUUGACGACAAAUGUCUUGGGAUGGAAUGCUGCAUACAUUUCAAACUCUUUGUGUUCCGAAAAACCUAUAAAUUGUAUUCAAGAUUUGACCCCUGCGAUUUGAAAUUUUCUGUCGGUGCUGGGAAGUUCAACAAGUCGUUUGGAAUUGACGGUGACCUGAAGGAUAUAUAUGCAGGUUGGUGA